GCGGAGUUUCAGGAGUCCGGUAGGUGGCAGUGAAUGUUUUCAGGUAGGGAGGGCAGGUUGUAUUUGGAGCGGGGUGGGGGGCGUGUGUUACUCUUGCACAAGCGCUCCCAUGUUGCGUAGUCUGGAAACCUGACGUGGAGAGAAGCCGAGCAGUCAUAGCGACAAAAGCGUGUGUGAGUGUGUGUGUGUGUGUCUGUGUGUGUAUGCGAGAGAGUGACAGAGUUGCGGCAGGGCAGAUCAGAAAGUGCCUGUGGCUGCUCUCUCGCCGGCUUGCGCGCUUCUCUCCGGACCAACAGAGUCGCACGAGACUGGCGACACGCUCCGAACCCGGGUCUGCCGGCCACGGGUGACCCGAGGAUCCCACUUUGACGAACAGUCUUGGGCUCCGCUGGCAGAAAAGGUGGAACUAAACUACAUUCAUUGACUUGUGAGCGAUGCACUGGCAGCAUGGCCAAGUGGUUCAAGGAGCACCUAGGAUUCAAAACUACCAAAGCACCCCCUCCGGCGCCUCCGAAACCGGACUACAGACACUGUCCCACCGGUGUGCCCGGUACGCCUGGCUACCAACAAACAAGCUCCGGCGCCACCUUCCCCAGCCCAGCUCAGCCGGACAUCCUCGCUGCUUACAAACUUCAAAAGGAGCUGGACUUCGAGGACCCGUACACUCCAGGUGGAAAUAUUUCAUUUGGCCCGAGCUUGAACACUGUUGGGUCGCCGGAUAUCAAGUACGUGUCACCAAAGCACCGACUUAUCAAGGUGGAAACAAUCGAAAAGAGCAGCCCAGCUCCGGGCGGUGGUGUCACAGUCAACCAGGCUGUUGCUGUAGGGAGUGUUAAAUCUCCUACUUCACCUCCCUCGGACCACGACAACAAGGAGAAGCUCAUUAUCCUCGAAGACUAUGCGGACCCUUUCGACGCUGAGCAGGCUGGCGGCACACAGACCACCACGGAAAAAGUGACAACUGAGAAUGAUGGUUACAUGGAGCCAUAUGAAGCCCAGAAGAUGAUGGCAGAAAUACGAUCUGGUGGCCGAGGGCCUAAGGAAGGACCUGGGAGGCAGCUGCCCCUGUACGACACGCCAUAUGAGCCAGCCGAGAAUGGUGGCGACUCGGACCCUGAGCGCUCGCGCUGCCCGAGAGAAAGCCGACUGCCCCAGGAUGAUGAGCGACCCCCCGAGGAGUAUGACCAGCCCUGGGAGUGGAAAAAGGAGAGGAUUUCCAAAGCGUUUGCAGAGAUUAAAGUGAUCAAGGACCUACCAUGGCCCCCUCCUGUUGGGCAACUCAACACCAGCCCUCCCCCGGUGGAGGAGCUGGAGUCUCCCUCCCAGACAGCUCAGCCCUCGCCAGGACAGACGAGCUGUGACCAGCACCACCAUGUCCAGUUUGAUGGCGUGGAGAAGUCUCGAAUGUCUCCUACAAAGGACGGGAAAACUCGCCCCCUGCAGCGACACUCCAGUGGCUGCCUGGUCAACACUAAAAUGACGUCACUAGACCACUGCAGCUCCUCUCUCGGGGAGCGUAUUGACCCCACCAUGCCCCUGGAAAGCCAGUUCUGGUACCAUGGAGCGAUCAGCCGAACAGACGCAGAGUCUCUGCUCAGGCUGUGUAAGGAGGCCAGCUACCUGGUGAGAAACAGUGAGACUAGCAAGAACGACUACUCCCUCUCCCUCAAGAGCAGCCAGGGCUUCAUGCACAUGAAGCUGUCGCGGACAAAAGAGAGCAAGUACAUCCUGGGCCAAAACAGCUGCCCUUUUGACAGCGUGCCUGAGAUUAUCCAUUUCUACUCCAGCCGCAAGCUGCCCAUCAAGGGUGCCGAACACAUGUCCCUGCUCUACCCUGUAGCCAUCAGGACUCUAUAGUGCAAUGGGUCACCUGCAGGCAUCGGGCCCUGCAGUACUCACUGGACCACCCUGUGGCUCCAGUCUUCCUGUCCUUCUGGACAGAGCCCUCUCAGCUCAUGGGAAGACAAACAGUUGCAUCCCAAACUGCUGAUCCUGACUCACCUCACUGGCCGACAGAAUCCAGACCUGUUUUGAAGGCCUACUGCAUAGUUUCUCAUACUUACAGACUCAAUGUUUGCAAGUCUUUGUUAUUUUAUUUUAUGUUAUUUUAUUUUAUUUUAUUUAUGACAGGCACCCACUUCAUUACAUCGCAGACUGACUAUCUGAUGAACAUAAUUUCAUUUACUCUUGAGCUGACUUCCCCCAGCACUUAACACUCAAAGAAAAAAGAAAGGUACAACAUUGUAACAUUUGUCACUGGGGUGUACCUACUAUCAUAACUUGUUGUACCGUUUUUCCUACGAGUGCACAUCAUGGCAAUUGUGUAUGAACAAGUUCGUCUGAUUUUCUUGUUUGGUUAGGCUCUACUGAUACUGUAAUUGUUUGUAAGGGGACUUGAAGAUUGUAAGAGCCGUGCCAGGGAAGCGACUUUUAUGAGGCAUGUUAAAGGAUAUUGUCCACAUGGGCCUCAUACAGUGGCCAGGAUAUUGAAUAAACUGGCCUCGUAUGAACGGUGAGUCCCCCACAUGGAGACAACAGGCCUGUGAGCUGUGCAGACUGAUCUUUCUAUCUUGUCAUAGUGCAUGCUGACUGCUAUCCAUCACUGAGUGGGUGUAUCACGCCAAUGACAGUGUAAGUACCAUAGUGGUGAGACAGGCAGGAGAGCAUGAUGGAUGGGUCAUCCCAUCUGACACAGUACAAUUGGCUGAGGCUAGAGACCAGAGCCUGUCCAAAUGGACCGAAUUACCCCCACUACCCCUGCUUAGAAUGGCUUUGCAUCGGGAGAAUGAAAUAUGCCUGCAUUGUCUACCUCAGAAAAUCAAUUUCAUUCGCCCAUCUGCAGAUCAAUAGGUACAAUGGGAUUGCAGACAUCGAUCUGCCCUCCCUUCGACAUUCCCAAUUCCCUUAAAAUUGCAUUAUUGGUUUUAGGAAUAUGUUUUUUAAUACAGUUAAUCCAAGUUUUUUUUUUAGGAAAACAUUUUCAUAAAAAAAAAAAAAGAAGAACAGAUUUUCCAGAUCAGCAAUUGUAUGUAUAGUCACUAAUAUGAUACUGUGUGAUGUCAGUAACAAAUGUUUGGUUAAUGCCUUAUAAUGCAUGGAUCAAAUCAGUCCGCGAGAUCAGAUGAUUUCCAAUUCUGCUUUUAACGAUUGUUCUGUGACUGUAAUUUAUUCUGGGGUAAUUAUUACUGAUGUGUUACUCCUUUGUGAUGGCCCGGCGCCCCCCCCCCCUCGCCCUCACUGUCCUGUGCCGAUGUGAUCGUGUUUUUGGGACUACUCCAGCCUCUUUUACUGUGGUGCUUUGCAUUUUUUCGUUGCUUCAAGUUCUGCUAAAUGCACGUUGGCCUCAGUGGCCUGACUCUGGGACACGAGUCAAGGCAUCUCCUGACCAACGGGAUUGUCAAGCCUCACAUGAGAGAUGAUGGCAUAUUCUCCUUGGACCAAUCACAGCGCAGCCUGUUUGAACCUGAUAAACACCUACCUUCAACCUGUCAUAUUUCCGCUUAGCAGUAAAAUCUAUCAUCUACCCUUUACUUACCAGAUGUGCAUACAUGUGUGAAUGUGCGUGAGUGUGCAGGUGUCCCAACGUGUUCACGUGCACGCGGAUGUGUAUGCAAAUGGGAACGUGUGCACAGACUUUCUGAGUCCCAGUGUGUUUUUAACCCUACUGGUACAAACUGCUGACAGUUAUUGCUUGAAUAUAUUUGGUUGUCAGCGCCUUUUUUUUUUUUUCUCCCUUAAACUAGAAUUCAGCCCAAGGACUCACUAAUUUUAUUUUUCGUCUUGAAUUCACUCAUCAACCACAUUUGAUUUUAGCAACUCAUGGGAAUGAAAUGUCUGCCUUGUGGCCUGCUCUCUGCAGUUUAUUGUAACAGAUCCAAUAAAAUUUGAGCCUGCAGCAUACAAUAUUGCUGACCAGUCACAGUAAGAGGGCACUGAUUUGAGUGUAUAAUGAGAGUGCCUAAUGCUUGUAUGGUCAAACUGUGGGUUCAGAGAAAACCUUUGUCAGUCUUAUGAGUUGCAAAAUUCAAAUGGUUGGUGGUUUAAUGAACAAAUCCAAGUAAAAUUUGAAAUUUUGGUGGCUUUGUCCAAGCUGAAAAAGACUGACGCUAGGAAUUAGAAGCUGACUUUAGCGAACAUGACCACUGUAUAUACAAAGUCAAAUCAAUUUUGGCUUUGACUAUAUCUCCGCUGUGCGCUAUGCAACUUUAAACUGCAGUCAUUGAAGGGAAGAUGAUUGGAGUGUGUGCCUCCACCAAAUGUUAACAUGUGAUGGUACAAAAUGUCCACAGGGAAGUAUAAUAUAAUCAGCAGGAUGACCUGAUUAGUAAAAGUGGCUUGCAGAAAGUGGGAUGUAUAGAGUCGUUUAUUUUGUCAGUGCAGUAAGUGAGACAUGGCUGUCAUCAGAUGAGUACAGUAUGUCACAUGAGGGUGUCUGUUUGUGUGAUGAGGCAACCUCUACAGCUUUAGUAGGGAAUAGUAUGUUGUUGCAGUGGACCUAUGUUUUUCCUUGAAAGAAGAUAUCCUAAGAAGAAAUGCAAAAUUUAAAAUAAACUAUAAGUGUGUUGUAUCUUUUAUGUUUCUAAAUGUUCCCUGUUUAAGAGAUCAAACAGUAGAGGCUCUUUAUUUAGUUACUGCUGCUCAUGAGUAUUUCUCUACUGUAGGAAAGAGCCUGAGUAUGAUGGCCACACUGCCUAGAGAGAGAGAGGCCUUAGCUUUGAGAGAGAAAGGGAAAACGGGGAGAUGGAGGGAAGGGGAGGAAUAAGGGAGAGCCAGAGCGGAGGGUGUGAGGACAGGGGUUAGGGAUUUGCUGCAAUCAGCAGACACACUCUUUAAAUUCGUAUAUUUCUAUUACGAGAACCUGAAAGAGCCCUUCUCCUCCCUUAGAAGUGUCUUAAAGUGAGUGUGUGUACACACAAAUGUGCAUGCAUGAAACAGUGUUUGUGUGGGUGUGUGUGAGUGUAUUUGUGUACUGGUGUAAGCAGCCAUCAGCCACUGACUUGCCCUGUGUGUAUUUUGUGUAUCACUUUACUGUGGUAAAGUGGCAUGUAUGAGUUUCCUUUGUGUACAUUUUCGUGCCACGUAUGUAUGCACUACUAUAACAUAUCUCUGUACAGUCCCUCAUGGCCAAAUGUAUAUACUGAAUGUAUUGUAUGGGGACAUAGAGGCAUCAAGGUUCAAAAUAAAUAAAAUUGGGUUUAUGAGUUAAAUGCGAUCUGA